AUGUCUCACGGAAAGAUGACGCUGUAUAAAUUGGUGGUGCUCGGAGAUGGAGGCGUGGGCAAGACGGCAUUGACAAUUCAAUUAUGCCUGAAUCACUUCGUAGAGACCUACGACCCCACCAUCGAAGACUCCUAUCGAAAGCAAGUCCAGAUUGAUGGCCAGUCAUGCAUGCUUGAAGUGCUCGACACUGCUGGUCAGGAAGAGUAUACGGCACUCCGGGACCAGUGGAUAAGAGACGGCGAAGGCUUCAUUCUAGUUUACAGCAUUUCCUCGCGAUCUUCGUUCACGCGGAUACAGAAGUUCCACCACCAAAUACAACGAGUCAAGGAGUCCGCAGCAGCCGGCUCGCCAACAUACCCAGGCUCACCACUAUCGCAAACCAUGGGCAACCAAGGCUACGGGCCAGCGCCCAUCAUGCUCGUCGGCAACAAGUGUGACCGAGUGACAGAAAGAGAAGUCUCAACACAAGAAGGACAAGCCCUCGCGAAAUCCCUCGGCUGCGAAUUCGUCGAAGCCUCGGCCAAGAACUGCGUCAACGUCGAGAAAGCCUUCUACGACGUGGUACGACAACUCCGCCGACAGCGCGCCAGCAACCCAUCACGGAACAGCCAUAAAGCACACGAACCCAUGCCACGAACACCACGAGCGAAUGGAGGCGACUUCUACUCUGAUCGGGAGAAGAAGAAGCGCUAUCGGAGAUCAGACAGAGAGAACCAACGAGGCGGCAGCAAGUGCGUCAUUUUGUGA